AUCAAAUGUCAUCAUCAUCGUGGGUUAUAUAUCAUGAUCUUGUAAUUGGAUUUUUCACGAUAGCUAAAAAAGCCCAAUAGGCCCAUUAAACUAAAACAAUUCAGAUACCGAAACCUAACGUUGUCGUUUCAUGCAUAUGACUCCGAGUUAGGUCGUUUUUUUCCGGUUCGAGCAACACUCGCCGGCGACUAGUAAACAUCAGUGUUUCCUUUACCGGUGAAGAUGGAGGCCAGCGAAGCAAAAAGCAAGAGAGCAGGAGGGUCUCGUCUCUGCUGCAUAUGUAACAAGAGACGACCCGUUCUCAAACGACCCAAAACCCUUCAACAGAUAUGCAGAGAGUGCUUCUAUGAGGUUUUUGAGGAAGAGAUUCACCAAGUCAUUGUUCAGAAUCGUUUAUUCAAAUCCGGUGAGCGAGUGGCUAUAGGUGCCUCCGGAGGAAAAGACUCGACAGUGCUGGCAUAUGUAUUAUCAGAACUAAACAGACGUCACAAUUACGGGCUGGAUCUGUUUCUAUUGUCUAUUGAUGAAGGGAUAACGGGUUAUCGUGAUGAUUCGCUCGAGACCGUUAAAAGGAACGAAGUUCAAUAUGGUUUGCCUCUUCAGAUUGUUUCAUACAAAGAUCUGUAUGGAUGGACAAUGGACGACAUUGUAAAGAUGAUUGGUCUGAAGAACAAUUGCACCUUUUGUGGUGUAUUCCGUCGACAGGUGAGCAAGCAUUCCCUCUUUACUCAAACUUUCAUCAUACCUAUCAUCUUCUGUUUUAUGAUUUCAUCUCUUAUUGAUUUCUUGAAGGCGCUUGAUCGAGGAGCUACAUUAUUGAAAGUAGAUAAGUUGGUCACUGGACAUAAUGCAGAUGAUAUAGCGGAAACAGUUCUCUUAAAUAUACUCCGAGGGGAUAUUGCUAGAUUGAGUCGGUGCACAUCAAUCACUACAGGUGAAGAUGGUCCAAUUCCAAGAUGCAAACCUUUCAAAUAUACAUACGAAAAGGAGAUUGUCAUGUAUGCUUAUUUCAAGAAGCUGGACUACUUCUCCACCGAAUGCAUAUACUCUCCUAAUGCUUAUCGUGGGUUUGCACGUGAGUUCAUCAAAGACUUGGAAAGACUAAGGCCAAGAGCCAUUCUGGAUAUCAUCAAAUCCGGUGAAGACUUCAGAAUUGCGACAACCACGAAAAUGCCUGAGCAAGGGACAUGUGAGCGAUGCGGGUAUAUUUCUAGCCAGAAAUGGUGCAAAGCUUGUGUUUUGUUGGAGGGAUUGAACCGUGGUUUGCCUAAGAUGGGCAUUGGAAGACCAAGAGGAAGCGUAAAUGGUGAUAAUAAGCACACAAAGGCUGGAUCUACUGCAAAAUCUAUAGAGAGCAAACAAUGUGGAUCUCUGGAUUUCUAAAUUAAGAGAAUAAAACGUAGCUAAUGAGGUUGUAACAAUACCCAGACCGGUUGUGUAAAGAAACACUGUUAUACUUAAAACCCAUUUAAAACCCAUUGUUGUAUAACAUCUGACAAUUGUGGUUUUGCCUCAAUGACAUAAGUUUUUGCA